AUGUGGUUAUGUGUGCUAAAACGUCAAUCAAAACUUGUCUAUGAUGCAGCCCAAGUUUUCUCUUGAGUUUGGGAGGGGUGAUUACUGGAAUGCGUGUAUAUUUCUGAAUUGAGUUUAAAAAAAUAUUUAUCAGUGCAUACGUAGUGCUAUUACGAUAAUAUGUGUACAAUGAACCGUUUAAGAUGUGUUUAACAUCACGUGCUUAUUUUCACUUUCUAUGGGCGUAGAUAAUCAUGCAAAAUGGCCAACGAUUUGUGGUCAUGUACCUGUUGUACGGAGGCGCUGACUUGCUGGCUGCGGCUGAAGCUGUCUCCGGAGGAGAUCGAGCAGCGCUACAGGAGCAAAGAGAUCGACCGGAUAUUAGAGAAGGACAAGCAGACACUGCGACGGCAGGUGAAGCUGCUGCUGCUCGGCGCGGGUGAAAGCGGGAAGUCGACAUUCCUCAAACAGAUGAGGAUCAUACACAAAGUGAAGUUCGAGCCUGAGUUGGUGCGGGAGUACCAGCAUGUGAUAUAUCAGAAUAUAGUGAAAGGAAUACAAGUUCUAGUUGACGCGAGGGACAAAUUGGCGAUUCCGUGGGAAAAUCCUAGAAAUUUGGACGUGGGACAGCAGGCGUUGCACUUUAACAGCACGCAGACGCUGGACAGCCGGCUGUUCAUGCACUACGCGCCGCACAUACACUCCCUGUGGCUCGACAGGGCCAUCAAGAGGGCCUAUGACAGGCGGAGAGAGUUCCAACUGAGCGACUCUGUAAGCUACUUCUUCGGCGAGCUGGAGCGCAUAGCGCGACCAGACUACAUGCCUUCCCACCAAGACAUCUUACACUGCCGGAAAGCCACCAAGGGCAUCUCCGAGUGCACCAUCAAUAUCAACAAUGUACCGUUCGUGUUCGUCGAUGUCGGCGGUCAGAGGACGCAGCGACAGAAGUGGACGCAGUGUUUCGACUCAGUAACGUCGAUACUGUUCCUCGUUUCGUCGUCGGAGUUCGACCAGGUGUUGUCCGAAGACAGGAGAACGAAUCGUCUCGAAGAGGCGCUCAACAUCUUCGACACAAUCGUGAACAACGUCAACUUCAAAGGCAUUUCCAUAAUCCUGUUCCUCAACAAGUCAGACUUACUAGCGAAAAAGGUCGCUAGCAAAGAGACGGACAUUCGCUGGUACUACCCCCAGUUCACUGGCGACCCACAUAAUUUAGCCGACGUGCAAAUGUUCUUACUCGACAUGUUCGCGAACGUCCGCCGGGAACCAAAGACAACACUCUAUCACCACUUCACAACAGCCAUAGACACGUACAACAUUGAGGUCGUCUUCAACUCCGUUAAAGACACCAUCCUUAAUCGUAACCUUGAAUCCCUCAUGCUACAGUGAUAGUGUUAUAUUGUGAUAUCGAAAUCGGCGUGCAUAAUAUGAAAGACAGUUAUGUUAGUUACUCCGGGCCUCCGCGCGGCCUAAUUGUUGUAAAAUAUGUAAUUUGACAUGUAUUUAUUUACCAAUAAUAAAUGGUAAAAACUAUGUAUAGUCUAUCGUAACGAUAUUUGUAUAUCAGUAUAUUAAUGACCAAAAAAAUGUAGAUUUUGCACUUGGAAAAAUGUAUUAUUAUGGUCACGUUUUUAACGGAUACGUUUCUACGAGUAUACGUAGGGGAUUGUAUACAGGCAGGUAGUGGGGGUAGGCUUAUUGUCAUGGGCAAAUUUGUGUAAAGCAAUAUUGUUUUAAACGCUCCAUUAGGUUAUUCGAAGUCCAUCGAAUGAUUGUUACUUAUACGCGAAAAAUCGUUAUUAUUACUCGGAUUUAGAGUUAAUAGUGAAUUGUAGUAUCUAUGCUCAAAACGUUUGCCAAGUGACAAGGGAUAAUAUCGAUUUUUAAAGCGUAUGUAAAUGAAAUUGUUAGUUGUAUCAGAGACAAUUAAAUAAUUAACACUGCUAAUCAAACGGAUUCCCGUUUCUUUGUUGAAGUAUCUCUAAAUGGCGUCAUUAUAAGUGAAGAUCCAGUCCCAUAUAUAGGUAUUUUGUAUAGAGCUAGAACACACUCAAAUAACAGCGCCAUCUAGUGAACGGAUCUCAGCAAAUUUCACGUCAUCUAGAGGUCCGGAAUACGAAAUAACACAUUUUUUGUAUGGAAAUUAGCAGUCUGUUAAUGUCUCUGGUUGAACCUGAUGGGCAUGCAAUAUAAUGAGUGCCAAGUCAAGACCUGGAGCGUUGCGGUCUCUUCUAUUUAAGGUGUAAUGUCACAAACUACCGUUAGGUGUCGCAUGAGUAAUAUAGGUUUUUUGAAUCAAGAAAGAUGACUGAGGGGGUGCCAUUAUGAACGACAUAUUUUCAUAGAAAUUUGUCAUUAAUGAUAAACAUUACCACACUGCAUUACAAAGGACAUGCAGAGUUGGCUUGGUUGGACUCUACAUUAUAAGCAUAUGGUACACUCAGCAGCAGAAGUUGCUAAGCGGGCGAGGUGUUCAAAAUUACCUUGACACGCUCUUAUUCUCUUAACAAUAAAGUCGCGUCAAGAUCAUUUUGCAACUUCUGCUGCUGACUGUACAGUCAAGUGCCAAUAACAGAAAAUAAGUUUCCUUGGUUCAAAAUACCUCUAUCAGUGCUUGACACCUGAAUCCCAUUAAGGCAGGAGUUCCCAACUCCAACAUAUAGCAAUAAAACGAGUAAAACGGCGCCGAAAGUUGAAGCAAUAAAGCAAAUUUUCAAAGUUGUCAUCACCACAAAAUUUACACUUGGCUCUUGGCCCAACGCAAAAUGUUGGGAACUAUUGCUCUAAGGGGAACGAAACGAAAGUUUCGCCUCAAAAUUACAUACCUACUGUGAUUAAAUUGAAAUUAAAAAGCUGCUACAGCAACUAGUAAGAAAUAUUUUUUUUGGAAAUUACUUUUGACUUUUUUGGUACUAACGCUCAAUAUUGCAUAAUUGUUUUGAACUUUAACCCGUAUUUAUAUCCUUGUGAUAUUGUCACAUGUCGUGAGUUCGUUUUCACGUGUUACUGGCGAGAGAUGAGUGAAUAAUAGAGACUGUUUAUCUUCAUAUUCUUUUAGUUUUGUUGAAUAAUGAUGUGGCGGGCUGCAUACGUCCUACAGCGUACUGCUGGUAUCAAAGGCAAUCCAGUACCUAAACACUUUGAAUGUGUCCUUUAUACACCAGCUUUAGUUGCCAAAUACGGUUUAAAGUCAUCCCGGGUGUAUGGUGACCUACACAAUGCCUCUUACCCCUCUCUCA